AUGGCACGUAACCGUUCUUCUUCGGCUCCAGAUGUGCGGAAACGUCAGAAUAAGCGAUAUCGGUCCCGGUAUCACUAUGAGCGUGAAGUCAAUUUUGCUGUCGGUGACUACGUUCUUCGGUCUCGGGUAGACGAAAAACAGCACUUCAAUAAACUCAGGGUGACAUGGGUCGGCCCGUAUCGAGCGACUGGUGCGGCUGAGUACUACUUCAUUGUGGAGCACCUAGUGACAAGAAAAACGGUGAAGGAACACCCUUCCCGACCCAAGCACUACGCCGAUUCUUCACUUAACACCACAGCCGAUUUAAUCGAUCACGUAGCGUCACAAGGAACAUUACUGACAGUGGAUUCACUAGUGGACUACCGCUACAACAACAACAUGAAAGCGUUCGAAGUCAAGGUCAAGUGGCAAGGUCUUGAAGAUAUUGAAGAUUCUUGGGAACCAGCAAAGACUCUCAGCAAGGACGUACCACAGCUCAUGACAAACGACGCCAACGACACAAACGACGAACGUCUACGGCACGCAGUAGCAGCCGUACUACAUCCCCCCAAAAUCGUGUGGAAGAACGUCACACUGACUGCCAGAUAG